GUGGUUAGUGCAGUUCAUCGUCAUGAGCUGCGCUGAUCAGCGAUUUCGUAACUCUCGUUAAGUCGUACGGUACGGUCGUGUCGUGGUGGUGAGUACUGGUCAGACUCUGGUGAGCUGUGAUCUGUGAUCUGUGAUGAGCGCCGAGCGGUGGUAAGCCGGGGGAAUAUUGCCGGGCCUCAGCUUCAAGUUCAGCAUCGCUUUUACUUCGCUAUCGGCAUAUUCGGCAGUUUGUUGCACCCGGCAACGAUUCGCUCGUGAACACGCGGCAGGCGUGACGAUUGAUCGCGCGGAUGAUCUGGCAUUGCGCUCGCGUAAAGAGGCUUCCGCGCUUAUCUGAGGACGAGGAUCAUGUAUACCGUGUCAAAGGGACCUAGCAAGAUCGUAGCGAAAACUCGACGAGGGAUCAGUCAGAAUCUCGAAAGAUUGGAAACUCUUCGCGAUCUGACGAGGAAGACCGACAUUGAAGACGACCACGAGAUCACCCGUCAUGUACCAAAGCCGGUGUUCCAUAUGAAUGGGAAAUCUAAGUUCAUCUCGCAGCGACAUCAGAUGCAAGAAGUUAUCACGCCACAGCACGAGGAACUUAUCAAAUUUAUUUACGAAUCAUGGAAUCAAGUUAAUACGCGGCAAAGAAGCGAAUGUUGCGAUGGCACAGAAUGUGCAGAACUUUGCAGUCCUAAGGAUUCUAUAGUAUAUUACAAUGACGGUGAACCAAAUGAUAAUCUUCAAGACUUUAAACCGUUUGAUUUGGAAUCUUGGUGGGGCAAACGAUUGUUUAACAAUAUCACCAAGUCACUCUGAGAUAUUGUGUAUUCGAAAAGCUAAGAUAUAUGUUCCUCGUUGAGAACUUGUACUACCGGUGGAAAAUAAUUUGGCAGCCCAAAUAAGUGCUACGCAAAUUAACCGAUAUAUCGCCGAAUAUCACGUCUUAAGAAAUCGUCAUAUGAAAUCUGACCAAGUUUGAAAAUUGGUAAGACAGUGUUAAAUAUAAAUCUCAGAUGUGAAUUCUAUACAUGUAUCGGCAAGUACCUGUCAAAUUACCAGUUAAAAUAUCUUCCGAUGAACGUACAUAACAUUGUAUGUAUAUAUGUAAUAGAUAAUACGCGCGUCCUCUACGUGAUCACAUCACAUCACAUCGUCACAUGUGAUAAAGCGAUAUAAGUCAGUACAUCUGCGUAUGUACAUACACGCGUACGCAUAUAGUAGCAAUUAAAUACCGUUAAUAAUCCAAAUGGUUUAAUAACGAUUGUUUAUAUUGCAUUUGUUAAUGAGUCAUGUUUCUACAAAAUGAUACUUGUUUAUUGUUGCUCUAUUGUUAGAAUUGCUCAAUUUUCAUAAGAAUACGGUGCAGAAUAUGGUUCAACGUUUUUAUAUAGAAGCUUUGAAACAACAGCGCAGCAAAGUUUCGCGAAACUUUCGGUAGACAAUAAGUGGAAUGACGGAAGAUACGCGCGAAUAUGUAAACCCAGUCGUUAAAAGAUUCCUGAUCAAGACUUCUGGUUAAGUUUUAAACGUACAUCGAAGAAUCGAGGGCGCGUAACCCAGUAUAUGUACCAAAUGCGUACCAAAUACCAAAAUAGGGCUAACAUAAGUACGAGCAAAAGAUCCAAACCUGUGCGGUAUGAAUCCUGCGUGAGGUUGAUGAAUUUUUUAUCUUAGAAAAUGUUGUAUAUAUUGCAUGCAAUAAUCGCGUGAGUGCGUGACAUAAUGUUGCGGGUAUUUGUUACGACGAUUUGUGUUUGACUUUUACGUAAGCGCGAAGAUUUAGUAUAAAUUUGUAGACUGAUAAUAUGUAAGAGAAUCGUCAUAUUGUUACUUGUCGAGUUGCAGCUCGCACUCGGUGAUGCAAUAUCUGUUGCGGAGCUCGCUCAUCGAAUUGUUAUAUUAUGGCAAGUUAAAUUGUUUCUUCCUCGCAUUGUUACGUAUCUGUCGGAGUCUUCGAUUAGCGACAAUUUAAAUGCCACAAUAUUACGCGUCUGACAAAGCGCAGUUCGUGAGAGUAGUCGUCAUGUAGUGUGAAAUAAAAUUCAGUCAUGUGCAGCUGAAUUUUACACGAUCAUGAAUAAAUUACGUCUUUAUACGUACAACAACAUU